CUUGACUGGGUUCAGUUUCAUCGGCUUUUGACUGCGAUCAGACGCCGCUUCUGACAGUGCGCAAUAGCCAGGUCAUUUGUAGCGUACAUUUCGUUUCGUGUUCUGUAUUUGUACUCACGAACUGUAUAACUCGACUGAACGCCUCCUGAUAUAGUUCAAAGAGAGGCACCGAUUAUAAUCUUGCGUGGAUUUAUUCAGCGACUUGUCAUACCCAUGUAACCCGUGGUGGGGUUUUACAGUCUCUCCGCCGUGCAAAAGUCACACAGAACGGUAAUACCGCCCAGAGGCGUGUUCGCGUUUACUCGCCGACAAAACUCCUGCCUUGUGUGUGUGUGUUUUGUAGUGAAGAGAACUGGUCAGACACUUAAUUGUGCGGUUUGUUGCUGAGCAACUGUAAAAAGAUCAAAGAUGCUAGGAGGAGAUGUAUAACUGUUGCCGGGGAAGAUAACAUUUUGAGAUGUCUUGUUUUCACAGUAUAACUGGAGCUUUUGAGACUCUCACCAUGGAUACAAAUUCACAUUCUGGAGGUAGUAGCGGAGCUAGCUUCAAUAGCCAUUACUCGUCAAAAUCAACUCGUGAGAACUCUCCACAUCUUGCGCCAUUGGAAUGGGAACACAGUCGACAUGGAAGUUUUGAUACUCUAAACACUAGUAUUCCAGAUGAAAUGGAGUUUAUUGACAAGUACUAUAAAAUUGUAGAAUUAGAAAAAACUCCUUGGACCGAUGUCCAUGUGAAGAACGUUUUACAAUCUGGUUCGAAGUCCAGACAAUUAAGUCGGAAAGUACCAUAUGUUGUUGUACAAAGAAUUUCCUACCUGUUACAAAGGCCACUUGUACGAAUCGCUCGAGAGACACAGCGUUUGUGUAGUACCUAUGGAAAAUGUACAAAGCAUGAAAUUCAUACUGCGAUCAAACUUAUCCUUUCCCGAUCAUUAGCGGAAAGUUGCUUAGCGGCAUCUGUCAAAGCAUUGUCAAACUUUCAAAUGAACCCUGAUCACUUUCGCAUUGGAAAGAAAACUCGUUCAGGACUGAUAUUUCCUGUUGGUAAAUUUCAUCGAUGGCUUGUGGAUACUCAUGUCUCAUCUCGCGUGAAUGAUCAUGCUGCUGUUUAUCUCACAGCGUGUAUGGAGGGCCUAGCCGAAGAAAUGUUUUUUCGGGCAUUCCAUGGGAAUAUUGAUGAACUUGAUGAAGAACUGACUGUGGAAAUGUUGGAUUUCGGCAUCUCUAAUGAUCCUGAUCUAUGGGGAAUUUCACAGACUUGCGAGCACCUCAUCUGUGGACGUAACGCAAACGGUAUUUUGUCUUUGACAUCAAGUCCGCUGAGCGGGAAUUCAUCAACACGCAGCAGCAGCAGUGGCAGUGAUUACAGCAACCAGAGUAGAGGAUACGGCAGAAAAUGUGAAAUAAAAACCAACGGGAGCCUCGAAGUCAGUAAACAUUUAGAGCAGAAUUUACUUGCAACUUGUGUGGGAAGUAUCGCUGAGUUAGGUAAGCUUGAUUUGAAGCUUGGUGAUGGAUGGAUGUAUGUGUUCAGUAAUAGAAACCUUAAUCAAACAGAGAUAAUGGAAGAGUGUUUUGUGAUUGUGGCUUGGAAGAUAAAAAUAAUUCUGAACAGAUAUACACCUGUGAGGGCGCUGUUGACUGAUGAAUCAAUCUGUUCCAGUCGUCACUUGGAUGCAUCCGCAUGUGCUGCUAGUUUUCAGCUGGAUUUAGCAUUCCGUAUGUUAGCAUGUGGAAGGACAGACCUUGUACAGCAAGCUAUAGCAAUGCUAGGACCUGCAGGCAUUAAUGCAUUAAAUGAACAGGGCAUGACCCCAUUAAUGUUUGCCUGUGCCAGAGGUGAUGAAGCUAUGGUACAAGUUUUAAUCGAUGCGCAUUCUGACUUAGACAUAACUGUGCCAAGUAACCCUAUGUACCCCUGUGUUCAUCCGGCUAUCCGUCAUUGGACUGCACUGACAUUUGCCACAGCCAACUCACAUAUACCUGUAGUUCAGUUACUACUAGAAGCAGGUGCCUACGUUGAUGGCGCUGUUGAUAAUAGUUUUAAUGCUGAAACGCCUUUACAGAUGGCAGCUGCAGCAGGUCAUUAUGAGUUAGUAUCGUUACUUCUUGCCAGAGGAGCCGAUCCCUACUUAUUUACAUUAGAUAAAAGCAAUGCCAAUUCUGGCUACCUCAAUUCAUUUGCAUUGGCUGCCUCACAUGGUCAUCGAAAUGUAUUACGAAGAUUGCUUUCCCAACCGCACGUGACCAAAUCAUCUGAUUUCUUGUCAUUGGAAGAGAUCCUAGCAGAAGGGACUGACACGGGUUAUAAGGCAAAAAAGUUGGAUAAUACUAAAACUAGGGAGGCUGCACUGCAGGAGGCGAUGUACCAUAGUUGUGAGCAUGGCUAUCUCGACGUUUCAAUGGAGCUACGUAGUCUUGGUGUACAGUGGUCUCUACACUGCUGGACUGAGACGUUAUCAACUGCCAAACAACUACGCAGAAAAGCUAUCAUUCAAUGCCUUCUCAGAGAUUUCUGUUCCAUCCAACCCAAUGAGUAUAAUGAAGAAUUCUGUGAUGAGGCAUUGCCCUUGAUGUUUGAUAUAUUCCGACAAUGCAAGAAUGAAGUGAUAUCUCAACAACUAGCUGCAGUGUUCUCGCUUGUCUACGGGUACGAACCUUUACCAGAAAUCAAAGCUAUCAACUUCACGCCACCUGCCAGAAUCGAUCCACAAUAUGUGAACAAUCCGGAUAUGUCUGAUGUAACGUUCAUUGUUGAAGGACGACCAUUUUACGCACAUAAAAUUAUCUUGGUCACUGCGUCAAAACGUUUUAAAGCCUUAUUGUCGGAUAAAAUGAACGAAAGCACUACCCCGUGUGUUGAAAUUAAUGACUUUAGAUACCAUGUAUUUAAGGUAAUGGCUGCUGCCAACUACUUCUAUUUGGAUGGAUUACAACGACAUUGUGAAAUUUUAUGUUCUAAACUUCUCUUAUUUGAGAAUGCUGUCAAAAUAUAUAAGCAUGCCAAGCUGUACAAUGCCAGAGCUUUGAUGGAAUACUGCGAGUGUUACUUCCUUGCCAAUAUGACGGAACUGUUGGAUAAGAGUGAUCAUUACAAGAAACUGGUCUUCAACAGCAAAUUACCGACUUACGAUGUGAUACAGGGACUGCAGCAAACAUUGACACACAGAAUCUUGCUUCGACAGAGCACAAUAGUGUGAGAAUACAAGACAUUGCAAGAUGGAUAUACAUCAUGUCAUCUAUGUACAAAACUGCCUUUGGGAUGAAUUGAAAACGUGAAUCUAAUGUGUAUGAUGGUUUCCCACAUUAUGAAUGAUCCAGGAUGACUGUCACUUCUUAUAAUGAACAAUAAAUAACUUGUGCACCAUUUUGUUUCAUAACCUCAUAAUCUAAUUUCCCCCCAAAAAUUCCAAGUUAAAUAUGAUUUGUUAGAAGAUGUACAUGAAUCUUGAGUAACACUCCAAAUUAUUGAUAUAUUGCUCAUUGAAGUAUUUCAGCAAAUAGAAAUUGGGCAUUCAAUGUUUUUUCUGUGGAAACAAUGCCUCAAUUGAUGGUUUCCCUGUGAUUAAAUCCUACUGGACGGCCAUUUUGAAUUGCAAAACUUGCAAUGUACAUACAACUGAGGUUUACGAUUCAAAAACUAGUUCAGGUAUAUCUUGUGAAUUUCGCAAAGUUUUUUUCCUGAAAAUGUUUGCCACACCAAUUCUCAAAUACUUUAUUAGAAAUACCUUCUCUGAAUAUCAUGUUUUAAUAAGACAGACAGAAACAACUCAGGAUUGUCACAAAAUCUUACCUCCUGGUUGUGUACCAACCAACCAACCAACAUGAAUACAGGAUACAGUGAAUAUAAUAUUUAUUUUUGCCAGCCCAAAAUAAGUUAUGUUUUAUAAACAAUAUCGUUUGUAACAAAUACUCGAUUUCUGAUUUGAAAAAUAUUUAUUUUUGUUACACAUUUUCUUCAUAAAUUUUCACCAGUAUUUUGGAGUAAACAAAUGGAGCAUUGGCACAAUUGUUUCAGCUUUCAGUUCAUCCCCUCAAAGGCUUUUCACCUAUUGUUAAUGGAAUAGUCCAUUUGUUUGUAUUGAUGAGAAUUCAACCAAUCAUCUUCCUGCCCUGUUCUUUUUAAAAAAAAAAACAUAUUUAUUAGAAAUACUGGAUAUGUCAAAACAUUUAAAUAAUCCAGAUACUAAACUACAUUUAUUUAUUCUGUUGUACAGUUUGUUGAAAGAAAUUGUUAUAUUGAAUUUCUAUUUAUAUAUUAUGUUAUUCUUAUUUUAACAUUGCCAUGGUAACAUUGAGGUUAUCACAAUGACAAUAUUUACUUUACGAUUAUCAUUGUUCAUAUGUACAGACCUUUAAAAUUGUUUUGUUGCGACUCGUGAUAUGAAGUUUUCUUCAGUUUGCAUUAAUCAAAACUGUAAUCAAAAUAUUAUUACUUAGAAUGAUUUUUGUUCGCAAGUUCAUCAGCUCAAACUAGAGGGCGCUAUUUAUUUUUAUGUCAUUCAAUUGAAAAGUCUUUGUCCCAGCUUCAUUUUUUCCCCCUCAUGACUUUAUUACGAACCAAAACAAUCAUGUUUCAGUGCAAUUUUUGUCUAUAAUAGAGAAAACUAUAUUUUGUUUUUAGUUAGAUUAAUAUUAUAUUUGUAAGCUUUUGUUUUAUUAUGACGUUUCUUGAAAAUAAAAGAUUAAGUAAA